AUGGCGGUGGCGGCGGUGCCCGCUCUGCGGCCCCGGCUGGCGGCGCUGGGCAGGCGGCUCAGGGCACCGCGGGGCGCGGCCGCGCACGAUACCUUCCUGGCAAAAGGCUCGGCUGCUCUGGACAAGCUGAAGGACCUCUGUAACGAAGGGAAAGAGCCUCCUUCUGCGCUUUUUCAGCUCUAUACUCAGGCUGUCCUAGACAUAACAUAUUUUGAGGAAAACCAGCUUGUGGAUGAAGAUUUUCCAGAAGAAACUUCCUUGCAAAAACUUAAAGAACUUAUUUGUAUUCUUUCAGAACCAGAAGAUCUAGUGAGGGAAUGCAACAUAGAUGAAGAACCUGUUAACAUCCUUGGUGCAGAAUUGUUAGAAUGUCUUUACUGGAGGAAAGGAGCCCUGCUUUACAUGUACUGUCACACUGCAAAAGAAAGGAGAGAAUGGCUACAAGGAAACAUUGGCACAUUUAAAAAGUUUCUUAAUGAUGGAGUUCAUUACUUGAUGAAGAUGCUUAGCUUUAGAUGCCCUCUUCAGCUAAAUGAAGAUGUCUUACUUCAAGAUAAGGACACAGCUAGAUUACUCAGCGAAGGUGUAUUUAGUGACACUCACUUACUGGCAAUGAUGUACUGUGGAGAAAUGUGCUACUGGGGACUGAAACACUGGGGAGAAGGGAAGCAGGAAAGCCCUGAGUCAAUAGAUCCCGUGUCUGACAGCAGCCUGGGCAGCGGAACACAGAGCAUGUGGCUGGACUUCCAAGAAACAGGGAAAAACAUGUUAACUAAGUAUGUGGCCGUGUGUGAGGGUCCUUUAAGAGGCCAAGGGUGGAACACAACGACGGCGAAACAAAUGCUGCGCGACUUCGUGAAAACCCACGGCUGAGACCCGCCG